GGAUAUUUCCUUAGUUAGUUUUCCUUCAACAUUUUAUGUGAAUAGUUCGUUAUUGGAGACUAACAUCUUAAUAUGACGGACAAAAGUUUACCAAGAGUUCCUGAGGGACUACGGGACCUAAUGAAGAUGUAUGCUAAAGAAGUUUUACGUCAAAAGCCUGAAAACCUAUACAAAUUCUCUGCCGAUUUUUUUAAUUUGAUUGUUACCGAAAAAUCGAACCGAGUGAUGCGCAAAUACGAGCCAAUACAAACAUAUGAAAGCAUGAUAAAAAACCGUAUUCAACAGCAGAUGCCACUUUCACUCGUAUUUCAUAUAAUUCCGGAAAACCUUACAGAGCUCAUAAAACAAUUUAUUAAGGCAGUUCUAAAAGAAAGUCCGGACAAUAUUUAUAUAUUCGCACAGGAAUACUUUCAAAAGCUCUCGGAGGCCAAAUCGAUAACUACUGAAUACACUAAAUAUACGGAAUACGAAGGGUCAUUGAGGGACAAAGAGCCAUUUAAAUCUGUAGCAAAGGUAACUUGUCAAUGUGGACGUACAAUAACCGGUGAUGCAGCAGAAGUACAGAAUAAUGACAUCAUUUCAAGUACCAUGAUUCCUUUAAAUGAUUGUACUUCAAUAGCUGAAGCAAAGGAGGAAAAUCAAAAAAUAUACGAUCACAACUGUUUAAAAGCAGUCAUCAUAAUUCAAAGAAAUUUUCGCCGGUAUAAAAUUCAAAAGAAAAUAAGUUCUGACAAGGAAAAAUACGACAAAGAAUAUUUACGUGCAGUUUUCUUGAUACAAAGGCUAUUUCGCUGCUACUUGGCCAAAAAGAGAUUUGGAAAACGAAAGGAUUCAGAAAAGGAAAAACCACGUAAUGAUACCCAUAGUACUGAAGAUUAUAUACAUGCAGUCAUUGUUAUCCAACGACAAUAUCGUCGAUAUUUAAAUAAAAAAAUUCGUCAGAAAAAUCGAUUUAAAAAUGGUUCUUUUGGCUUAGUGACAGCAGCCAUCAUUAUUCAACGAGCAUUUCGAAGGAUGGUUGAUGCGCGGAGGGUCAUAGGAAAUGUGCCUGACGUUGUAGAUAAUCGUGAAGAGUUAAACGAUAUUUAUUCUGAGACAUGUUCAUACAAUUCUGUAUCGACGGCACCCCUAUCAACCGAUUCGACCACUGAGCACAAAGAUUUUGUUAAUACCAAUUUUGAAGACGUUAUCCAAAACACAAUAAAGGUGCAGGAGGAAGUAGACAACAAUAACCCUUGCCUAAUUCUUGAAAACGAGUAUGCUGCUAUUAAAAAAGACGAAAACUCGACGAAAGUGCAGAAAAACGACGAUCUAAAAAUCAAUGAAAUUCCAGGCCUAAUAGAACUAUCGGAUUUGACCAAAAUUAGUAUAUCUGAAAAAGUUGAUAAUUCAUUAUGCGAAAAUGGAGAAUCGGAUAUUAUAACGCAUCCUGUGUCUGAACAACACAAUGAACCACAAAAAAAUUUGGAAGAUGAGGACAAUGCCACCGGAAAAACAAAUAAAGAUAAUGGUGCCGAGAAAGAGUUCGAUGUUUUACCUGAUAAAGAAGAACAAACCAUAGUAAUUGGGUCCGAAAUUUCUGAAUCUGGACAUAGAUUUUCAGGUGAACAAGACGUCGAAAUUCCUGUCAGUUCCGCACUUCCAAAGGAAUUAGAUGGCGUCAUAGAACUAUCGGAUUUGACCAGUAAGUUAUUCUUAAAAUUACAUAUCAUAUAUGAAACAUAA